AUGGGAGACACACAUAUAGUCGCGUCGACUGCCGGCCUCGGCCUGGUCAUCAGGGACUCUGAAGACGCGACCCAAGAGCAUUUGCUGCAGCAACCGGUGUGGCCCCAGCAGAUGCAGCAGCAGCAGCAGCUGUUGCAGCAGCAGCAGUUGCAGCAGCAGCAGGUGCAGCAGCAGCAGCUCCAGAAGCAGCAGCAGCACCAGCAGAUGCAGCAGCAGCAGCAGCAGAUGCAGCAGCAGCAGCAGCAGCAGCAGCAGCACCAGCAGCAGCAGCAGCAGAUGCAGCAGCCGCAGAUGCAGCAACAGAUGCAGCAACAGAUGCCGCAGAUGCAGCAUCCGAAGAUGCAGAAUCCGCAGAUGCAGCAACAGAUGCAGAAUCCGCAGAUGCAGCAACAGAUGCAGCAUCCGCAGAUGCAGCAACAGCAGGUGCCGCAGCAGGUGCAGCACCCGCAGGUGCUGCAGCAGAUGCACCAGCAGCCGCAGCCGCAACAGCAGGCCCAGCACGUUCAGGUCUUCCUGGUCCCGGUUACGACCGUCGCCGCGCCGCCAGGGCAGCCGGUGCCGCAGCCCCAGCCGCAGCACCAACAGGUGGGGCACGUGCUCGUGUCGCCCGUGCAGCCGCAACAGCAACAACAGCAGCAUCUUGAGGCUCUGCGGAUGCAGCAGCUGCAGCAGCAACAGCUGCAGCAGCAGCAGCUGCAGCAGCAGCAGCUGCAGCAGCAGCAGGCGCAGCAGCAGCAGCAGCAGAUGCAGCAGCAGCUGCAGCAGCAGCAGCUGCAGCAGCAGCAGGCGCAGCAGCAGCAGCAGCAGCAGCAGGCGCAGCAGCCGCAGCAGCAGCAGCAGCAGCAGGUGCAGCCCCAGCAGCAGGUGCAGGAGCAGCACAACCGCAGGGAGGCUCCGGCGGCGCUGGAGAGUCAGCUCUCGCAGGGUGGCUGCGUGCCCGCCCCGCAGCGCCAGCUGUCGCAGGAGCUGCAGGAGGGAACGCGGCAGCUGGAUCAGAAUCACGGGCCGGCAGCGCCCCGGAUCCUGCAGCGGCCGCGCGCGGAGCAGGGGAAGCGCAGCGCGCUGCAAUGGCUCGACUGCGACCAUAGCACCAGCCUCGACGGGAAGCUCGAGUUCGAAGGCGAACCAGGCGGCUCCUGCAGUUUCACAGACCCCGCCUGA